CCACAUUUUUGAAAGUGAGGGUUAAAAUGCACCUGGUCAUAGCAUUGUCCAAGUGCAGAUAGGUUGUGGGACUGCACAGAAAUGAGUUUGCACUCGAGUGCUUAGCUUUUGCAUUUUUGAACUUUGCAGACGAUUAAAUGUACAUCUUCGUACUGAGAAGCGUUCUUCGACAAUGACAUCUAGUCAGUCUAGAUGACACGUGGGAUGAGCGCUAGCGCUUGCAGCCCGCGGAUGGCGAGGCCCGUUCACCAGUGUAAUAACCCUCACUUCAGGAGGAGAUCGGGACUGUGAGGAGGUUGUGAUACGUACCUGGAUUCUUCAUGUUGACGAGGCUCCAGUGCUGAUUAUGGUCUGAUAAGGUGCCACGUGGCACAUUGUGACAAGACUUUGAUAUGUGUUCAGAUUACUGGUUAUUGUAGGUGGCGAUAAAGGAAGGAGCCCGGAGAAGGAGUGGGCAUUGUGACYUCUUCUCCCUUGUCUUUCCUCCCUCCUUCCUCUUCGUCUGUGUAUGAUUAUCUCACAUCUCUAUUUCUGGAUACUGUUUGAUUAUUGGAACUAUCAGCGGCUCGAUAAUCUGGACUUGCAUUGUCAACAAUCGUAUUCAUGACUUGGGUUCAUUGCACCAGGAACCGCACGAAGUCGGGGGGGGACGCCAUCGCUGAAAUCGGCAAUCUUCUUGGAGUUCGAGUGUUGACAUCCCCCGGUCCCGCUGUAUGACCGGAGUGGUGAAUCCAUGUGUGGGAUAGCUGACGCCGGCGCACAAACAGCAUCGAAGAUAUCGGCGACACAAAUUUCAACUACAACGACGAGGACAUGGCAGGGCUUUGAUGGCGGUCUUUACAUCAUCGAUAGGUGGGUCUCAUCAGUGCGUCGCCUUUAGGAGUGGCAGGGCGGCGAUGACGGACAUCUGGUCAAAUGAUGGUGGGGACGGCAGGUCACCCCUCCUUACCUGCAGCACCCCACCGUGCAGGAGUUGACCUCAUCCUCGUUACGGUGGGACAGGGUGUCAGUGGCAGAAAUUGUGGGCGCGUACAAGCAACAAAUUCAAGAUACUGUCGCGACGAUGCUCCAAGUGAAGGACAGCUUGUCACUGGAGAUACUACAAGAAGCAGAAGACGCCUUCGAUGGAUGGGGAGAUGGGCUGCGAGAGAUUAUUUCCUCGUCACGGGGCACUAUUGACGAAGAGCAAGUUAAAAUUGAUACACAAGAGUGCUAGUGCUGUUGAUGAAGCUGCGACAAAUAAUAGCACAACAACAAGCAUCGCGUGGACACUGCGCUCUUCCGUAUGGUCGCGACGAGAGCACGGGGCAACCUCCACCAAUUGCGAAGCAUCAGUGUUUUUGUCUGCGGAUAUGCUCCGAUGGGCUGACCGGGGAAGUCGGUCCUUGGGGCUGACCAUGGGCACAGAUUGUGCGGGGGGUUAAUUGCAUGUGUUUUGUUCUUGCGCAGGAGAUGCCCUCUGCGCGUCUCUGCUCCAUGUUCACGCUGCCGUCUUCUACGAACUUCGCUAUGUUGAAACCUAGGUGCCCUGGGAGAGGGAGAGAGUGGGUACAUGUUAGGUUGUAGUAAUGGGGGGGGGAGGGCAGAAUCCCCAGAAUCGGAUAGCUGUUUUAUUUUUGGGGGAUGAGCUGCUGGGAUUGGACGUUGGUUUGUGGGGUAGCGUAGAGUGAGGAUGUGUAAGUUGAUUGAGGGUAACUGAGGUUUCCGCUAUCUCAGCACGUGCUGCCUAUCCUUGGGUGACCGGGUAGCAGAUCGCAAGGCUGCUAACUAUACUGAUGAUUAGGGAGGAGCAUGCACAUUCUUGUGCCCCCCUGGGCAGUACAAGUAGUCAUCCCGGGAGAUACACCGACAUGACUCAGAUUUGUAUUUUUAGUACUGUCGUGGAGGGGAACAAUAUGGAGGUGAUACCAGCAUCCCCCAAUGGUAGGCCCCGAGUAAUAGAUGGCUCCACCGGAGUGUGGAAUUUUUAAGCCCGAUCUGGGGACAUGUCCCACUGGCGUAUGUUCUUCAUUCUUGACCGCCGAUUGCGGCAGGAAUACACAGAUCCAUGGCCAGAAAUGAAGAACACCAUCUAGUAGGACUUGGGCCGCUUUCUAGUGCGGGUGUAGUGCUGGUGCGGGUGUAGUCCUGCCCUUGAGAUUUUUCUGAAGUGAAGUGUAGUGGAAAGAGCCCCUAUGUGCCGGAGCUGAGGAGUGAGUGAGCAAAAUCGGGCGGGAGCGAUGGUGGAUGAACAAGAUUUCGCGGGAGCCGUGGGUUAACAGGAUGGCGUGGGAGCGGUGGGUGAACAGAAACGCGCCGAUUGCUUGAAGGGUACAACCGACUGCCGUCGCUACCCGAAUAGAAUGCCCGGUCAUUAUCGUUGUAUUUGGUGCAAAUUAGAGUCUAGAUACAUCAAUAAUCACAGGGCGUUCUAUUCGGGUGAAGAUGGGAAUUGUGAGUAGAUCGAGCACGGAAGUAAAUUAGCAGAUAUUUUUGGAGCGCAUGCGGUCGAAAACAGGGUGCAAUACAAAUGUACAUCAUCUAGGAAACUAGAUUAAAAAAGAAGAAAAAAAAAAAAAGGAAAAAGUAACCAUCAUGAGAUAUGCAAGUCAAAAUAGAUAAGAACUUAGAGAGCAUGUUAUGGAAGGGAAUGGCGAUAUGGCUAAGUCACACAGAUAGCUUUAUUAGGGAAGUUGAUAAUCAAUGGCGAUAUAGCUAGGGGAAGGUGAGCAGGAGGAGCGGGAGUGUGGGAGAGCGGGAGAAAAGGGGGAAGAGAAGAGGGGAAAGGAGGGGGAGAGGAGCGAGCUGAAGAGGAAGGAGGAGGACGAAUACUCCGACAUCAAUGCAUUGUUGUCAUAAUGUCCGUCGGCAAUCUACUUGUUGCCACAUCUGAUAAUCGCAUUGUUUCCACAUCCAAUAGUCUGAAUCACUCAUCACGUCAUGCGGACGAGUGUCGUCCGAAUGCAUUAUUCAAAUUCGGCUAUGGCAAACAAAAACUAAGGUUAUCG